CCUUCCCAGGUGAGUGACUAAACUUUCCGGGUCACGUGAGCGGGAGGAGCUGGUGUAGUCCGAUCGAGCGACCAAGGGACGCACUGAGGGUUUGAGCGAGGGAGCCAGACCGGGAACCUGAGCGAGAUCGAAGACCCCGGGUCAGGUGCCAAGCUCUAGUACCCUCGGCCCGAGAUGCGGUAGGAGUGGAGCGCUCGAGAAGCCCUGUCCCUGGUGCCACCAGCCAGUUGCCCGGCCCAUGGCGAGCCCCGGCUUGGGGCUGCUCCUGGCGCUCGGCCUGUCGCUGCUGCCUGCCCGCUGGGGCCGGGCCUGGGGGCAAACGCCAGAGCCCACUACUGCAUAUGAGAAUGGAACCUCUACCACCCCACAGCCCGACUUCAAUGGGGCCUUGUCUAAGGAGGCCACCACUGCCAUCAUUGUGGUCUUCUCCCUCCUGGCUGCCCUGCUUCUGGCCGUGGGGCUGUUCCUACUGGUGCGGAAACUGCGGGAGAAGCGGCAGACAGAAGGCACCUACCGGCCCAGCAGUGAGGAGCAGUUCUCUCAUGCAACCGAGGCCCAGGCUCCCCAGGACUCCAAGGAGAAAGUGCAGGGAUGCCUGCCCAUCUAGGUCCCCUUCCUCUAUCCAUCUCCUUCCCUUGCUGUGUGACCUUGGGGCAAGGCUGAUCCCUCUCUGGGCCUUCAAAUCCAUCCAGCCCAGCUUCUAAGAACAGAAGGGAAAAGGUGCUUCAAAGACUCUGCCCCUGAGAGCAAGGGAGGGUGGGGCUGCUCACUUUUUAUAUUUAUGUGUAAAAUUGGUAGUGAGGUAUAAUAAAACCUUUUU